CAUCUUCACACACACACACACAAUCAUAUACAAAAUGGCCAGGCAAUUCUUCGUCGGUGGUAACUUCAAGAUGAACGGCACUUUGUCGUCCAUCAAGUCCAUUGUCUCUGCUUUGAACGACGCCAAGCUUGACUCCAACACCGAGGUCGUCAUCGCUCCUCCUUCCCUCUACCUCAUCCCUACCCGCGACCACCUCCGUAAGGACGUCGAGGUUGCCGCCCAGAACGUCUAUGACAAGCCCUCCGGUGCCUUCACCGGUGAGAUCGCCGUCGACCAGCUCAAGGAUGCCAACGUCAACUGGGCCAUCCUGGGUCACUCCGAGCGUCGCACCUUGAUGGGCGAGACCGACGAGUUCGUCGCCUCCAAGACUGCUCACGCUACCGACUCCGGUAUCAAGGUCAUCUUCUGUUGUGGCGAGUCCCUCGAGGAGCGUGAGGCCAACCAGACCGUCGACGUCGUCACCCGUCAGAUCGCCGCUGUUACCAAGCAGACCAAGAACUGGGAUCAGAUCGUCAUCGCCUACGAGCCCAUCUGGGCCAUCGGUACCGGUAAGGUCGCUACCUCCGAGCAGGCUCAGGAGGUCCACGCCGCCAUCCGCGAGUGGUUGAAGAAGAACGUUUCUGAGGAGGUUGCUGAGAAGGUCCGCGUCAUCUACGGUGGAUCCGUCUCUGCUAAGAACUGCAAGGAGUUGGCUCAGUGCGCUGACAUUGACGGUUUCUUGGUCGGUGGUGCUUCCUUGAAGCCCGAGUUCGCCGACAUCAUCAACGCUAAGAUCUAAGUUGGUCCUCGUGCAAUCUGAUGAUUGUAUACUAU